AUGGUCAGUGAUGAGAGUUUUGUAGCUCUUGUGCACUAUAGAGGGUCAAUUAAGAAGAAAACGCGAUCAGGAAUUAAGUUCACUGACAAGGACCCGCUGAGUGUUUUUCUCAAACUUUCGACUAGUUUUGAUGAGUUUAAGAAUACUAUACUCAAGAGACUAGGACUGCAUGGCGUGAAACGAGUGAAAUUAUUCUAUAGAAUUCCGAUCUUCGUGUUACGCGAUGAUGUAAAGUAUGAUUCAUUCGUUAUUAGCAGUGACGAAGAUUUGCAGGUGCUGUUUCAUUGUCGCCGCCAGUUUCCUGAGGUGAGGACUCCGGAGUUGUUGGUGAAGCUUGUGGAUAUGGCAUCUAGUUUUGGAGGUUCGAAUAGGGAUCUCCACUCCACAGGACAUCUAGCCAGCUCUAGUGCCAUGCCUGUUGGAUCCUCGUCAGCAGUGCCGGUGAUUGCACCUGAGCCAGAUUUAGUGGCUUCACCAUCCUUUGCCCUCACAACGAUUGCUGAUGAUAACGACGAUGAGACACCACGGACGACUCCACCUAUGGGUGGGGGAGCAUCUAGUUCAGGAGGUGUAGCUGAAUUUCAGUUCGGUCAGCAGUUUCAGGAUAAAGAAGAAGUCGUGUUUAGCGUGAAGACCUAUAGCAUUCGCCGCGGGGUUGAGUACAAGGUAUUGGAGUCGGAUCACCGCAAGUACUAUGGCAAGUGCAAGGAGUUCAGGAGUGCGCAUGGCUCAUCCGGGUCAGCCUCCACCAGCACAAAGGUAUUUAGGAGAGCAGAUGCUGCCAUGUCGAUCAAGGUACUGCAGAAUGCCACAGAAGCACACUUCGGCUUUAGACCGACGUACAGGAAGAUCACUAUGCCAGGUAGUGUAGCUGUGUUGAAGACGAGUCCUGUUCGAGUUGGUGGGCAACUGGAUGACUCUACAGCUUAUUUCCAUCGUCUGUUUUGGACAUUCCCACCCUGUGUUGAGGCAUUUCGACAUUGCAAGUCGUUGGUCAGUGUGGAUGGUACCCACCUGUACGGCAAAUACGGUGGUACACUGCUUAUCGCGAUUGUACAGGAUGGCAACUCCAACAGUAUCCCUAUUGCUUUUGCACUUGUGGAAGGUGAAAAUGCAGAGUCGUGGUCAUUCUUUCUGUCUCACCUUCGGACUCACGUGACGCCUCAAUCGGGUAUACUUGUCAUAUCAGAUAGGCACAACGGGAUAAAGGCUGCGUUGGAGGCUCCUGAUGGCGGAUGGCUUCCAUCUACUACAUAUAGGGCGUUCUGCAUCCGUCACGUGGCGGCUAAUUUUGCCCUGACUUUCAAGGGAAAGGAUGCAAGGAGGCUAUUAGUGAAUGCUGUAUAUGCGAAGACGGAGGUCGAGUUUCAAUACUGGUUUGACAUCCUGUUUCGCAGGAGGCAAUACACCCAGCAGCUCCUCAAACCACACCCAUGGUGGCCGGCCACCCGCUAUAUAUCGUGGAAAGUCUGUCAGGCAUCCGCUAACAUACUGACCGUCUAUCGGGAGACCAAGGUGGUACGCUACAUCCUGUAG